AUGAUACCAGCAUCUCUUGGGCAAAUAGAACCAUUGGAGCAACUGGACUUGUCUCAAAAUAGUUUGAGUGGCAAAUUACCUGUGGAACUGUCCAAUUUGUCCAAGUUAAGCUAUUGGGAUGUAUCCUUCAACCAUCUAUGUGGGCCAAUACCUGGAGGAACUCAACUUAUGACUUUUGAUGAGAGAUCUUAUCAGGGAAACCCACCAUGUUUGUGUGGGUACCCAUUCGAAAGAUGCAAACAGAAUAAAAGUCCAAUAGUGCUUUCACCUUCGGAAAGGGUGGGUAAAUCAGUGUGGAGUAAGGUGAAUGAACAUGUCUCAGUCAUUGGUCUGGGGUUGGGAUUUGAGAUUGGCCUUGGUGGAACGAUAUCAUUGCUUGUAUGGUGGGACAGGCUUGUGUGCUACGUGAGGAGCCCCAGAAUAAGAGACAACUUUUUGUCUGGAAGAAUUCCAGCAACACUGACGAAUUGUACAGCGUUAAAGAGGCUAAAGCUGUCCAAUAACUUCUUUAAUGGAGAUCUAGAAAUCCAAUAUUCUUCUUCUAUUGAAGUUAUCUCUUCUCAUUCUAAUAAUUUUUCUGGGACCCUGCCUGCGUCUUUCGCCAAUUGUACACGGCUUAAACUUCUAGAUUUCAGCAAGAAUAGAUUGGCGGGUGAGCUUUCUUCACACCCUCUUGCAAAUUGCCUACAGUUGAGGGUUUUAAUCCUUAGUUCUAAUGAGCUUAAGGGUGAUAUUGCUCUAUGGAUUAGAAAUCUCACUAGAUUGCAGAUGUUGGAUUUAUCCAAAAAUAAAUUUGGCGGAAGAAUUCCCUCUGCUCUUGAAGGACUCGAAGGAUUUAAAAACCAUACAGCUCUGCAAUUGGGUGGCAAUACACUCUAUGAAGAUAUACCGGCUAUCAGUAUAAAAGGAACUUAUCUUAGACUAGAAUAUGUGCUGGCAGCCAACACCAUACUAGAUCUGUCACACAAUAAUUUAAGAGGGGAAAUACCAUCAAACAUUGGGAAUCUAUCUCACUUGAGGUUGCUAAAUUUAUGUGGGAACCAAUUGGAAGGUAAGAUACCAGCAUCUUUAGGGCAAAUCGAACCUCUGGAGCAGUUGGACUUGUCUAAAAAUAGUCUGACUGGGGAAAUACCUUGGGAGUUGACCAGAUUAUCCAAGUUAAGCUACUGGAAUGUAUCCUUCAACCGUCUCUGUGGGCCAAUACCUCAGGGAAAACAGCUUAUGACUUUUGAUGAGAGAUCUUACCAGGGAAACUCGGCGUGUUUAUGCGGGUUCCCUCUACAAAGUUGCAAGCAGAAUAAAAGUUCAAGAGUGCCUUCACCUCCAGAAAUGGUGGGUAAAUCAGUAUGGAGUAAAGUGAAUGAACACGUCUCAGUGAUUGCUGUGGGGUUGGGAUUUGGCGUUGCACUUGGUGGAACAAUAUCAGUAAUAGUGAAGAUGGGGUCGUUGGCUUCGAGGGAGCAUUGGCUUGCUACAAUGAUCUUAUAUCGGGAGUUGGGCCAUGAUGAGUUGGAGGUGCUAGCCACUCUUGGAUUACAUUAUAUGGGCAAGUGGCCAAGGAUACGGGUGCAUACUAUGAUGAUGACAACCUUAGUGGAGAGGUGGGACAACAGGUAUAACACCUUGCAUCAUCCUACUGGGGAGGCGACAGUUGCCCUUUUGGAUGUAUGGAGGAUCUUGAAGAUCCCCAUUCGUGGCGUCAUCCCAGAGUAUCAGUUGGAUGUAGCAGAUUUUUACCUUCAGGAGGUUUGUGAGUAUGAGACCCCACCGAUGUUGGACAGGAGUAGGAUGCAUUUGGGCAGGGUGAUGGGUAUUCAGUGGAUUUCUCGGUUGGUACUAGUGAUUUGUGGAUUUUUGAGUGGGCGGAUUAUACCUGAUUUAGGCGGGCAUGGAUUUCCUGUUGGAUGGAGCAGGGGCCUUUAUUUCAUGAUCCAUGAUGGUGUGCAGUAUGCGUGGGGAGCAGCGAUGCUAGCUCAGUUGUACCAUGAUAUGCAUCUAGUGGUUUAUAGGGAGUAUGCCAGUUUAUCUGCAGGAGUGACACUUCUUCACAUCUAG